AGUAGUAAACACAAGACAACAUGAAGCGCCUCUCUGCUUUUUUUGUAGUACUCACUUUGGUCCCCGGUUUAGCAAAAAACAACGGGGUCAGCACGUAUGGUAUCGCCACCAAAGGCCAGUUUCCUUCAUCCGCCAUCAUCUACAACUACUCUACUCGUGGAACCCACUUCUGUGGUGGUACUCUCAUCAACGAAUUCUACGUUAUAACCACAGCUAUUUGCGUCCAAGAUGCUCUCCGAUUCAACGUUAGUCUAGGAACUAGCGCUCUAAUUAGUGCCGAUACCGUCACUGUGUUCGCUGUUCACUACAUGGUCCAUCCAGAUUUCGACCCACAAACACUCGACUACAACAUUGGGAUCAUCCAGCUGUUUGACCCUGUGAACUACACCGAGUACAUACGAGCCGCGUACUUGGCGACUGUGAAACUACCGGACGAUUUUAGCGGUGUUGGCGUUUCUUGGGGUUCGUUCAGUGACGGCUCAGGCAUUUCGCUUAAUUAUGCCAAUGUAAGUACCAUUUCAAAGGAGGAAUGUAAGAUGCGUUACGGAAAACUUCUUAGCGAUAGCAUGGUCUGUGUGGUUAGUAACGACGAUGAGGCUUUUUGCAAAGGUAGUACCGGUAGUCCACUGCUUAGUGUGCUUAGUAACGAGCAUCAGUGGAUUAUGGGAAUAGCCAGUUUUAGUGCGACCAUCGGCACUUGCACAUCUUAUAAUCCCUUGAUCUACGCUCGACUCUUUCCAGCCCUCGACUGGGUUAAAGAAGUUGCCGGAAUUGAGUAAUUUAAUAAACUGUUGAAAUUAUCUCUGGUAUUAGGUUUUAAAAUAAUUAAAGCACCGAUUU